AUGUCGAAAUUAAAUCGCGAUCAAAUUAGUGCAUUACUUCAAGAAGACGAUGAUGAAUCCAUGGAAUCAGGAACUGAUUUUAGUGACGAAAGUGAUGAUAUUUAUAGUCCCGAGUUAGAUAAAACCACUGGCAAUGACGAUUCUUCGAGCGAUUCAGAGGAGACCGGAUUGAGUGACGAGAAUGGUGGCAUAGAUGAUCGACCUGCACGAGGUACCAUAGCGGUAAAGUGGCAGGACGUCAAAGAGGUAAUGCUGCUCAGUAACUGCCACACAUCUGAAAUGUGCACUGUUAGACGCAAAAUGAAAGAUGGAACUGAGGCAGAGUUUCCAUGCCCUGACAUCGUAAAGACGUACCCCGCAAUAAUGGGCGGUGUGGACUUGGCAGAUCAAAUGUCGGGAUUGUAUGAUAUAAGCAGAAAAUCAAAUAAAUGGUGGAAAAAAGUAUUUUAUCGUGGCAUGAUGAUGGCUGCUGUAAACACUUGGGUUAUAUAUUCGGAGCUGAAUAGGAAGAAACCUGCCUUCUUACCAGUGCUGGUCGAGAUUGCUGAGUCGCUAAUUGAAAAAGGAAAGGAAUCUACCGCAUAUAAAUGA